AUGCUGUGUCUGGGGCUGUUGUGUUUCUUGGUUGUAUGGUCACACGAGUCUGAUCAGCAGCAGAGACAUUCUCAUCCUAAGUUUUUGCAACAGCAAAACAGAGGACUGGACACCACUACAAACUCCUCGUCCCUUUUCCGAGCUGCUCCCACUGUCUCUGUGUCUGAAAUAGGGAUUAGUGUUGAGGAAUGGACAAGGAUACAGCAGACUGUGUUCUGGGAUGGACCAGACCAACCAGUUACUGCACUCUCCAUGAGCACAAGCCCUGUUCACAGCACAUUCUCCAUUCAGAACCUGAGAAAGAGUUACCGCAUAGGAGAUGAAAUAUUUGUCACUGUGAUCGCAAGAGAUUUCAAGAGCAAUACAAAACGAUAUGGGGGGGAUUUCUUCCAGGCCAAACUUUUUUCAUCCAAACAAAAGGCUAGUGUGUUUGGAGAGGUUGUGGACCACAGGAAUGGCUCAUACUCUGUGCGUUUUCUGUUGCCGUGGGUUGGCCAGGCAAAGGUGGCUGUGCGUUUAAUUCACUCAAGUGAAGCUGUGCAAGUCUUAAAACGCCAUCGGGACACUGACUCUGACCGUGUGUACUUUAGAGGAUACUUUAAAGGUUUUGAUGUAAAUGGAACAAAGCUGAGUGAGGUGGUGGAAUGUAAUGUGAAGUGGGAACACAAUGGUCUGGAAAGACUUGGAGGAGGAAACUGCUGCUGUGACUACAGAGAUGCACAAACAGGGGAGGUCUGGCGCUGCCAGAAGCCCAGAUUUCUUACCUGCAACAACCUGGUGUACCACUCCAUGGGAGGAUAUCGAAACCGCCUCACUGGCUUUGAGAGAAAGCUGAUGGGCAAAAAGCUUACAAACAGAGGUAUCCGUGGAGACAGCAGAGUGAUUACAGUCCUUCCCACCAACACAAGUAUUGGUGUGACCACAAAAUGUCACCCUGGUGUGUCUACACCAGUUCCAGCAGGGUUUUACCUGAAAAAUGUCUGGACUUCUCUGGUCUGCUCCACUCACCAUUUUAACAAUACAGAAGCCAAACAGUGUUUGAGAGACAGACACAUCUACAUUAUGGGAGACUCCACCUCCAGGCAAUGGUUUGACUAUCUCAGGACAGCAGUUCCAACACUGAAGUCUGUGAAUCUGCACAGUCAGAUGCAGGCUGGGCCACUGAUGGCUGUUGACUUAGACAACAAUAUUGACUUACACUGGAGAGCCCACGGUCCACCUCUGCGCAGUCGGAAAUCUCCAGUGGCUGACCUGCACUACAUCAGCAAUGAAAUAGAUGGUCUAGCAGGAGGGCCACGCAUGGUCAUCGUGUUUAAUGUGGGCCCUCACUUCACUACGUACCCGCUGGCAUUCUUCACCAGAAGAGUGGCAAGGAUCCGCGCGGCCGUCCUUGCCCUGCUCACGCGAGCACCAGACACUACAGUCAUCAUUAAAACUGUCAACACCGGUUACAAGGAUGUGUUUGGCAGUGAUUGGUACGCUCUGCAGUUGGACAGGAUCCUGAGGGAGAUCUUUCAGGGUGUCCCUGUUUUCAUUUUGGAUGUUUGGCAGAUGACAGCCUGUCACUACAACAAAGAAAACAUCCACCCAGCACCUUUAAUCAUUAAAAACGAGAUGGAUAUUUUUCUGUCCUUUCUUUGUCCUGUCUAG